AUGAUUGCCAAACCCAACUGUUCCUCUACAGAUUCCUUGCAAUCAAGGUGUGUUCAAGAGCUCCUGUGCAACACGAGCGUCAUGUUGAACUUCAGUGAGUUGGAGAUGGAGGAAUACUGCCUUAACCAGGAUGAGUAUCUGGAAAAAUACCUUGGACCUCGAUGCUCCCCACUCUUUUUGCCUGUUUGCAUCACCUACCUGAUCAUCUUCUUGGUGGGAGCAGUGGGCAACAUUCUCACCUGCACUGUUAUUUCUCGCAACAAGGUAAUGAGGACGCCCACCAACUUCUACCUGUUCAGCCUGGCUGUAUCCGACCUCUUGGUGCUUCUCCUGGGAAUGCCGUUGGAACUUUACGAAAUGUGGAGCAACUACCCAUUCCUCUUGGGCAAGGGUGGAUGCUACUUCAAGACGUUCCUCUUUGAGACAGUCUGCUUUGCUUCAAUCCUCAAUGUAACAGCACUGAGCGUUGAGCGCUACAUAGCUGUAGUGCAUCCGCUCAGGGCCAAAUACGUUGUGACGUGCACUCAUGCCAAGCGGGUGAUCCUAAGUAUAUGGAGCGUGUCCGUGUUGGGUGCCAUUCCCAACACCAGCCUCCAUGGGAUCUUCACCCUCCCUCUUCCAAAAGGCAAAGGAGUAGGGUCCAUGCCCAAUUCUGACACCUGCAUGCUGGUCAAGCCACGAUGGAUGUACAAUUUGAUUAUUCAAAUUACCACGCUGCUGUUUUUCCUCCUGCCUAUGUUGACCAUCAGCGUGGUGUAUCUGCUCAUCGGCAUGCAGCUGAAACGUGAGAAGAUGUUACAUGUCCUGGAGGCAAAGGCCAGUCUGGGACAAGACAGCUACUCUAAUGUGCAUAGUAGGCAGCAGAAAACACGCCGCCAGCAAGUCACUAAAAUGCUGUUUGUACUAGUGGUGAUGUUUGGCAUCUGCUGGGCUCCGUUCCACACUGAUCGCCUGAUGUGGAGCUUCAUGGACCAGAAGAGCAGCGACCACAUGGAGAUCUUUCAGGUGUAUGAGUAUGUCCAUGUCAUCUCUGGGGUCUUCUUCUAUCUGAGCUCUGCCAUUAACCCCAUUCUCUACAACCUCAUGUCCACUCGCUUUAGGGAGAUGUUUAAGGAGGUCAUGUGCCACCACAAAUGGCAGCCUAGCCCGAGGAAACGCUCUUUGAGCAUGACAAGGGUCACUAUGCGCAGUACUGUUAGUGAGAUUCCUCCCUGUAAUGGCCCUGUUACUACUGAAGGAGAAGAUUAUGGUAUGUACGAAUGCCAGGAAAGUAAGACCAACUUUUCCUAA